CGAGAUUCAGUUGAGUAUUCUCGACGACAACGGGGCGAGCGCGACGCGACGGUUGGGAAAGAAUUGUGUUGCGUGGAAAAUAUGUCCGAGCAGCAAACGGAUUCGUACGAUUCGAGACCAGUAACGUCGAAGAAGUCGGAGAGACCGCCGUUUAAGCUGUGUUUCUCGCGAAACCAACAAAUCGGGAAAUCCGACGCUUGCAUAUCAAAAACAAACGCGGACUUCGUCACGCCGAAAUUCUACUCGAGGGAACUCGAAGACGUGCGAAAUGCGGACGUAAGCGACACGCUCGAGAGACUCGCCACGGAACAAGAUAGGAAGCCGAGGAACCUGUAUCAAUUGCCGUUAUUAACCAGCCACACUUACGGUUGGUGGCACGACAAGGGGAUACAUCCGAAGGACGCGCGGUUUGACUUUCACAAGAGAACGUCCGACCUGGUGAGCUUCCAGAUGAAAAUUUACGCCGAGGAUCGAAAGUUGAAAGGCCUCAAACAAUAA